AUGAUGAAUCAAAAUCUUAAAUUAUUUUAUCGUGGUAAAGUUAUAUCUGACGCAACUAAUAUUAAAGAUUCAACUAGAAAAUUACAAGAUGUGCUGCAAGAGAUUUGUGCACCAAAUUCUACACCCAAAUUCAAUCCGGAUGGGGACAUUGAUUACGAUGGCUUUCGUUACUUUCUGGAUGCCUUUCUCGAUUGUGAAACCCCAGCAGAUUUGGUUAAACAUUUAUUUGUGUCCUUUCUCAAGCCCAAUGUCACGCAAUCACAAUUGCAUGGUAAGGCACUCAAUCAAAUGGCGGCCAUUAGCAGCACGACUGCCUGCGCCCCAGUCACCUCCCACACAAAGGGCUCUAUACCCAACAUUAAUAGCAUUUCGGAAAUUACGCCAAGCCUGCCGCAAAGUGAACCACGCAAUUCUUUUGUAGAUAAAAUUCAUGGCAUAACUGAUAAAUUGCAUUCGUUAGGUGGUCACCUCACUCAUGAUCCAAGCAAAACGGGCAGUGUACAUCCUAUGGUAACAGUGACACCUAGUCCUUUGGCUGGUGGUCCUAGCAUAUUUCAAACAACAACGACAGCCCAUCGUUCCAUUGACUCCAGCCCAUCGCAUUCUCAAACAAAUCAUUCGCAAAUGUCACGCAACUCAUCCAAGAAGAGCAACAACUCAGUUAACUGCAAAAUUGAUGAUAAUGGUACUUGA